UCUCCGUGCACGUUCACGCUCCGGGGGAGACCUGCAGUUUCAGCGCAGGAUGAUGACGUGUGGUCCAUCAGUUAGAAGUAGCCGUUGAGCCGUGAAAGUUGUCCAAAUUAAAUACAGUCUUUAAAAAAAAUAAAUAAAUAAGGUUUUAAACUCAUGAUGUCUUGGGUUAAAGCUGUUUCUUACAAUGGAGAGGACGUGUUCGACGAAAUGGCGGACGACCUGAAUUUGCAAAGUAAAGAGUGGACAUCCAACAUGAAGAAGCGAAUCAGGGACGGUUAUGUAGACGGAGUUGAUUCCGGGGAGGAGGCCUCACUUCAGGCCGGUUUCAACCUGGGGUUCAGGGAAGGAGCAGCUCAGACUGUAGCUGUGGGGCGUCUCAAAGGAGUUGUAAGUGCUAUAUGGUGCUGGUGCCAGAUCCAACAUCCGGAAAGCCCCGUCCCAGCCUCUGUGACUGACCUCCUGCAGCGGGUUUCACAGCAUGAAGACACAGUCAUGGACGACAUCAGGAAAGCUUUGGAGAAUCCUCCUCCCAGCGUGAGCGUCGUCUCUGAGAGCAUGGAGGAUCUGGAGGUGGAGCAGGCAGGUUCAGGCUGCUGUGGAGAGGGAUGUAAAGAAACGGACUGCUGCAGGAGAGGAGACAAAAUGGACCUGAAUGUUCCUCACCAGCACCAAAAGCUUUGUUCUGGGUCCACUGACUGCUCUUCCAGCUCAGCUGAAAGCCUGAACUACCUCUUGCAGCGCUGCACGGAUCUAGUGUCAGAGCUCGGACUGCCGCAGGAGCUGAUCAGUCACAUACAGGAGCUGAGGAACAUCUAGUGGUUGAAGAUCAGGGAACAGAAUCACAGCGGUUUUGGACAAUACUUGGACAGACACAUGAACUAUGAAACAAAUGUAAAUUUCUUACACACGGCAAUGAAGUACUUGAUGUAUAUAAUAUAAAAUAUAAUCUUGCAUUCAUAAUUUGUAUAAGAUGGCUGAAGAAUGCUUGAAAAUAAAAAUGGAUUUUGCUAUA